GUAAUUUCGGCUAAGAGGUUCCAUUUGACCUUAACGUUUAACCCGAGGGUUAGUACGAAAAUUGAAGACGACGAUCGGAUUUUGUUACCAUGGCCCACGCUAAGCUGUUGCUCGUUUGCGCCCUGACGAUCUUUUAUCUCAAGGAGACCUGCGGACAUGGGAUGCUCAUGGAACCCGUGAACAGAGGAAGCGCUUGGAGAAAAGGAUUCAACACACCCCGCAAUUACGACGACGACGGCAACUACUGCGGCGGUUUAUUUGUACACAUACGAAAUGGCAAAUGCGGCCUCUGCGGCGAUGACUUUUCCUUGCCGCCGCCCAGGCCAAAUGAACACGGCGGAGAAUACGGAACUGGCACUAUCGUGAAAACCUACAAAGCGGGAGAUGAGAUCGAGUUAGUGGCCAGAAUUACCGUAAAUCACAAGGGUCACGUGCAAUUCUUUAUUUGCCCUCUGAGCGAAAACAAUGGCGCGGAAACCGAGGAGUGCUUCGCCAAGUAUCCGCUUAAGUUGUCGAACGGCAGCUACAAAUACGUGCUACCCAGCACCGACAGCGGAGAUUACACGAUCACUGGCAUUCUACCUCCGGAUCUUACUUGCGAGCACUGUGUUCUCAGAUGGGAAUAUGUUGCCGGAAACAACUGGGGCGUGUGCGAAGAUGGAAAGGGCAAAAUGGGUUGCGGACAUCAGGAAACAUUCAAAACUUGCUCGGAUAUACGCAUUGUGGCUUGAUUAAAUUCGUUUCGGAAAAAGACUGCGUGUAACAUAUGUAAUUUUGUCUCUCAAUAAUUUAACAAAAUAAAAUUACAUUGUAACUUAA